GCAGGACGGGAAAUUGCAAAAGUUCUCAGCCCUCUGCCCUCCCCCGCGGUUUUCCCGUAAUUCCCGCCCCUCGGCGCUCGCCCCGCAGCUGAUUCAUAGCCCGGGCGCGGGGCCGCCCCUGCACGUCCAUACCGGCGUCCGCACCCGCGGCCCCGCGCCGCCCAGGACCCGGCCCGGCCCGCGGAGCCCUCCGCCCGCGCGGGAAAUCCAGAACCUAUGGCUCUCUCUUCAGUCUCUCAGACAGCAUUCCUCUUGGCAUUGCUGUCCUUGAGGACUUACCAGAGUGAAGUCUUGUCUGAGCCUUUGCCAUGGGACCCUGAAUCCCUGAAGGUUUCCGUCAAUUCUACAUGUCAGUGUUUGCAUUUACAAUGGACUGUCCACAAACUUGAUCAUCAUCAGGAAUUCAAAAUGGUUUUUCAAAUAGAAAUCAGUAGAAUUAAAACAUCUAAUGUCAUCUGGGUGGAGAACUACACCACCACUGUGAAGUGGAACCAGGUUCUGCACUGGAGCUGGGAAUCCAAGCUCCCCUUGGAAUGUGCGAAACAUUUUAUAAGAAUGAGGAGUGCGGUAGAUACUGCCAAGACCCCCGGGCCAAGGGUCUGGAGCGGCUGGAGUUCGUGGGAGGAAGCAGAUGUACAGAAUUCUCUUGGACAGGACCCGCUGUUCGUUUUCCCUAAAGAUAAGCUCGUGGAAGAAGGCUCCAAUGUCACCAUUUGUUACGUUUCCAAAAGCCAUCAGAAUAACAUAUCCUGUUAUUUGGAAGGCGUACGGAUGCAGGGAGAACAGCUCAAUCCAAAUGUGUCCGUGUUCAACUUGAAUCAUGUUGCUUUCAUUAGGGAAACCGGGACAAAUAUCUAUUGUAAGCCGGGCCAAGGAGACGGGAUAAAGGGCACCGUUCUCUUUGUGUCAAAAGUCCUCGAGGAGCCCAAGGACUUUUCUUGUGAAACCCAGGACCUCACGACAUUGAACUGUACUUGGGAUCCGGGGAGUGACACCGGCUUGCUCAAACAGCUUUCCCAGAGCUACACUUUAUUUGAAUCAUUUUCCGGGAAAAAGACCCUUUGUAAACACAAAAGCUGGUGUCUUUGGCAAGUGGCUCCAGAGUCCCAAGACAUGUAUAACUUCACACUCACAGCUGAAAACUACUUACGAAAGAGAAGUGUUCACCUUCUUUUUAACCUGACUCAUCGAGUGCACCCAAUGGCUCCUUUCAAUGUAUUAUUUAAAAAUGUAAGUGCCACAAAUGCCACCAUGACCUGGAAGGUACACUCCAUUGGGAAGUAUUAUACACUGUUGUGCCAAGUUGAACUCUACGGGGAAGGAAAAGUGACACAACACAACGUUUCCGUCAAGGUGGAUGGUGCGCACCUCUUCAGUGGCCUGGAGCCGGACACGGAGUACGUGGCCCAGGUGCGCUGUGCUAACGGCAACCACUUCUGGAAAUGGAGUGAGUGGACACAGCGGAACUUCACCACAGCCGAAGCUGCUCCCUCAGAGGCUCCUGAUGUCUGGAGAAAUGUGAAAACAGUGCAGGGACGUUGUGUUGUGACUCUAUUCUGGAAGCCACUAUCAAAAGUGCAGGCCCACGGGAAGAUUCUGUCCUAUAACAUAGUCGUAGACUAUCUAGACCGAACAUCCGUCUCCGAGCUCCUCUCCAUUCCCGCUCCGGCCAAUGGUACAGAACUACCUCUGAGCCAGUGUUCAUCCCAAAUCCGCAUCACGGCUAAUAACAGUGUGGGCACGUCCCCUGCUUCGGUCAUCGUAGUCUCCCGAGAGCCUGGAAACGAAGAAGUUGAAGAAGAAAGAGUUAAAGGCAUGGAGGAUGGAUUCCCUCUGUCUUGGAAACCCCAACCCAGACACGUCACAGGCUACCUUGUGGAGUGGUGUGAGCAUCCCCAGGACCCGCCCUGUGAUCUCCAGUGGAAAAACCUGGGUCCCAAUGUCACAAGCACAGUUGUGAGCUCAGAUGCUUUCAGACCGGGGGUUCGAUACAACUUCAGAAUUUAUGGGAUUUCUACAGAACGGGUUCCCUAUUUAUUAGCGAGAAAAACAGGAUACUCCCAGGAACUGGCUCCUUCAGACAACCCUCAAGUGGUUAUGACUAACCUGACCUCCCACUCCUUCACUCUGAGUUGGAAGAAUUACUCCACUGAAUCCCAACCCAGUUUUAUACAAGGGUACCACGUCUACCUGAAAUCCAAGGCGGGGUGGUGCCACUCAGGAUCUGAGAAGGCCCUUCUUUCAGAUGAUGCAGUGUGUUGCAAAUACAAAAUUGACAACCCAGAACAAAAGACAUUUGUCGUGGAAAACCUACAGCCGGAAUCCUUCUAUGAGUUUUUGGUCACCCCGUACACCAGUGUUGGCGAAGGCCCCCAUGAUGCUUUCGCAAAGGUCACAACUCCUGAUGAAUACUCCCCUACACUGAUACGUAUCAUACUCCCUAUGGUUCUCUGCAUUUUGCUCAUCAUGAUCACAUGCUACUUGAAAAGUCAGUGGAUGAAGGAGAAGUGUUAUCCGGACAUUCCAGAUCCUUACAAGAGCAGUGUUCUGUCAUUAAUAAAAUCCAAGGAGAAUCCUCACCUAACAAUAAUGAAUAUCAAGGACUGUGUUCCCGACUCUAUUGAAGUUCUAAACAAGCAGGAAGGCACUAGGAAGUCACUCACCGAAACGGAGUCUACCAAGCCCACCUACCUUUACCUCCUUCCAACAGAGAAGAGAUACUCCAGCCCUGGACCCUGCAUCUGUUUUGAGAACUUUACCUAUAAUCAGGCAGCUUCUGACUCUGCUUCUUGUGGCCAUGUCCCAGCACCCCCUAAUGCCCCACCGAGUCAGCUGGGACUGUUGACAUCACCUGAAAAUUUACUAAAGGCACUAGAACAAAACUACAUGAACUCCCUGGGAGAAAUUCCAGCUGGAGAAACUAGUCUAAAUUAUGUGUCCCAGUUGGCUUCACCCACGUCUGGAGACAAGUCCAAUCUCCCCACAAAUCCACCAGAGCCAGCACUCUGUUCAGAAUAUAAAAUGCAGAUGGCCAUACCCUUGGGUCUUGCCUCUCCUCCCUCGAGUGGGAGUAGCAGCCUCUCUUCCAUUACCCUUUUAGAUGAAGGUGAACACUACCACUGAUCAGUAUACCCAUUUCAUGCCUUUAUGCUACAUAGACGCAAAAAAGGAGCAUCGCCAGCACCAUUCCAUCACCCGAUGCCUCGGCACCUGUUUCCAGUGAGCAGUCCCAGUUGGCACAUGAGACCACUAGAGUCUGGCUUGGUUUCAAAGGUCAGAAACUAUGGAACUUAACAUCUCUCCUUGGAGCAGGCUUGCCGUAGAAAUGGGAUCAUGGGAAUAGGCUUACAUUGCUGCUGUGUGUUUCAGGCUCACCUUUGGAAGAGCAGACCUGGCACUAGGCACGGGGAUAGACCCUGCCCACUCAGUAUUGGACAGGGUGGCUGUGGUUCUGGAAGUUCAGUUUUUAGAAAGGAAAUAUUUCCAUUAAGUUUUACCCCAUGUCCAGUAUCUUAAGGGUAAAGAAACUAGAUUUAAGGUUUUAGCGAAGGCCACAGAAGAUUCGUUACUAGACCAUAGGAUGCCCAGAUUAAUUUAUUCUGGGUGUGUUUACUAAGAGAGUCACAGAUGUUUGAGAAUAAAACGAGAUUUGAGACUUGCCUUUAAGUGAGAACAAUUUGUAGUUCAUUGAUGGCAGUAAAAUGAACUCUUCUGGGCCCAUAGACCUUAUCUGAAAGGUAAGAAAUGUGAAUAUAAACUAAGAUCCCCACAACUGCCUUUCCAUUUAGCUUACUACAGUUAAAGAAUGGGAUUGGCAAGGAACUUAGUGUCAAGACAACAGCACUCCUACUUGGUAGACAUCAGUCUUUGGCCAUAAUUUUUGACAACUACCUCAGAAUAGAAAAAAAAUGUUAUUAUUAAUUCCAUUCACACUUUAUGGUUCCUCUUUUUUUUUUUUUUUUUUUUUUAAAGAACUACUAUAUAUAAAGACCUGUUUUCAUUUAGUACCCUUUGGUCCCUGCAAUUGUCUGGGUCAGGAAAACACCCUGUCUCAUUUAUAUUCUUAUUAUGCUAACAGUGAAUAAACAGAAAUGUCAUUUUUGGGCAUGGUUUCGACAGAAUUGUAAAAAGCUAUAUAGAGUGGGAAGUUCUGUAUUCGCUCAGCAGCAGCUUUGUCUCCUUGAAUCAAUAUAUACAAAUGCACCAGAUGCUUAACAGGUGUUCGGUAUGUGCCUGUUCCUUUCUCUUCCUUCUACCCAUCAAUGCUUCCUGUUUACUUAUCACAUUUCUAAGCAAGCCUGAUCAGGAGUUCCUUGUUUGCUGUGCUGGAAAUGACACCAUCUAGACCUCUGGCACCAAAUGCCCUGCAGUGUGUCAUCAACACGACACAACCAAGAGUGAGAGCAAAAGAUCCGCAUCUGCGAGUGAGGGGACUGCCAACUGGCUUGAAUAUACCAGCACAAACCAGGGCUUCUGUUCAGGCUUUUCAACUUUUUUCUUAUGUAGAACUAAACCUUUUGUUGGAAAAGCUGAUUAUGUACUACUAACACAGUCCAAACGACUAUCUCGAUUAGUCUGAUAGUUUCGAGACGACUUCGGGGGCCAGUAUUGUCAUCAUUUAGCCUCUUUAUUGCUUUCUCAUGGUGAACAAUUACAAAAGAAAGGUCAAUGGCAGUGAAGACGGAUUUGUAAAUACUAUCUUUCAUAUAGAUUUUCCUUUAAAAAUAACCCAUGAAAGCUUGAAGUCAUUUUUGUCGCAAAAAGUCUUAAUUAAAAUAGUUCACCACUGCA